UCCCUCCCAGGAGGCACAGCCGUACAAGCUGGGUGGAUUCCCAACAGCCAAACUUCAGGCUUCUUUCUAGCCAUUCUCAGAGUGUGAGCCUGACUCACAGCAUCCAGGUUGCAGGCUCCCUCCUUCGCACAACUUGAUCUUGUAGAAACAGCUGCAUCCCUCAUGACACAAUGGCAAUGCUGUCCAACAACACAGCCUUAACCUUGAUCCUCUCAAAAUUGCUAGAAGACUACGUAGAGAAGAAAAACCAUCCCACGCCUUUACCCUUCAUUGAUUCUAGUGACCAUCUGGAAGUAGUGUUUAUACUUCUGCUGCUUGGAAUUUUUGGAUUCAUCACCUUUGGGGUCAUGAUCAGCUAUAUCCGCUCCAAAAAACUGGAACAUUCCAAUGACCCCUACAAUAUAUACAUCGCCACUGAUCUCUGGCAGAAAAGGGAUAAAGCCAACUUGCAGGCCAAAGUAGUAGAAAAUUAUAAAUCAUGUUGUAUAUGGAAAAAUGAGCAUGCUGUCGAACAACCUACUAAGCAUAUCCCUGAAGUGAAAUCUUAAUAACAAAAUGGUCAGCCUGUUGAAGAGACAUUGUGCUGUCCCUUCAAAAGUACCAAAGAGACAGCAGUUGGACAAUACAUUUCAAAAGCAAAGGGAUAGAACCUAUAACCACUACAACUGCCUCCCUUAAAUUGAUGCCACACUAAUGUGUUGGAUGACACCUUCCAGCAAUUCCUGACCAAUAUGUGCUUACUGUGUAGUAGAAGGAGUUGUUAUUUGAAGAGCUCAUUAUGAGGCACCAUGUUGGGAAAGGCAGUUGUUCUAACCUAAACAGUAAAAUAUAUGAGGUAUUUGUAGGUUAUGAUUUAUCCCAGCGUAGGUUUUCCACUUCAAAAAUCUGGAUGUACUAUGAAUAGAUCCUUGUUCUAGACUUCAUUCUUAUUAACAAAACAACAAGCAUGAAAAUGUUGCUUCAGUUUGACAUUUUGCAGGUAUCUCCAUCUCACCAACAGAAAACAUGAAACUGAUUCACAGAAGAUGGAGCAAGACCAAUACAGCUUAAUAUAAAUCACAGAAUUUCUUUGUGUAUAAUAUAAUAUAGGCUAUCCAAAUGAAUGGGCUUUUAACCAGUUAAAAUUUAUGGCUGAGGACAGAUUUGUUUAAAUUUAGGAUUUUUAAAAAAAAAUUAAUUUUUUUUUAAAUUUAGGAACUACAGAAACAGUCAUUAGCAACUGUUCAGUUUCACAAAAUAUGAAUUUACAAGGAAAAAUGUAAAGAAGGAGAAGCUAUAAUUAAACUUAGCUACAUUAUACAGCUAAGAGCAUUUCAAUACUAAUAUUGGACAUCAUUUGGGGAUCAAUUCCAGCUCUUAUUGAUCUCAUGAUAUUUGUUUUGGAGAGCUCAGUAGAUUAAUUCUGACUUUUGGCCUUUAAAUCUCAGUGGUUCGCAAACCUUGUGGAUGAUUUGCUUUGCCACUGACAGGACCUCUUGCUUCAAUCUGGUCCAUGGGCUCCAUUUAAACCAGUCCUUGCUUUCCCUUGGCCCAAGGUUCACAUACAAUUCCUGGAGUUUCUUUUCUCUCUAUGCUUUGCUUGGAACCGGGGUAAAAUCUAUUUACUGUCCCUACCGGUUCGGAAAUGUGUGCGCAUGUGCAUCACAUGCAAUUUUGGUCCCUCUGUGCAUGCACAAAGCCUCCUGGGCAUGCCCAGAGGGUAAAAAACAGGUUACUUCCAGGUUAAAACCAGAAAGUAACGACGUCCUGGCAAGUGAACGGAGCCUCGCGCUGCCACCGCUACCAGUUCACUGAACCAUCCGCCACCGCUACCAAUUCGCCUGAACCAGUGUGAACUGGUAGCAUUUCACCCCUGCUUGGAACCUAUUCCUUUUCUUACAAUCCACAGAAACACAAUAUAAAUAUACAUAGCCGCUUAGAGCCAAAAACACUAGGUGAAUUUAAUAAAUAAAUAUGAUUCUAAAUAUGAGAUAAACAUUUCACUUAUAGAUUUCUUAUGAAAUCAGUUGAGUACAAUUCUCCAAACCUUUCAGUUACUGAUCAAUCUUUCUUAUGAUAAUUCACUGAUUCUUGUUUUAAUUUGUAUGAUAUUUCUCAUUUUCCUUUAAUAAGUGAUUUCUAUUGAAGGAGUUUGUAAUUUCUAGUUAUUAUAUAACUUCAGUAGUAUUUCAAACAAAUGAAAUACUGUAUUUACUGUAUUUUUAUACAAUAUCCUCUAUUGAGGAACAAUUGAUUGGGAAUUGGUAAAUAAUGGUAUACUGUAAAAAUAUAUCAUUAAGGCAGCCAAAUGACCAGAAAAAUGGGCUAGUUUGUUCUUAAUCUUGAUUUUAGAAAUCAGCAAGUAAUUAGUAUACCAUAUAAAUGCUUUCAAAUAAUUGUAACUUCAAUUCCAACUUCAAUCUUUUUAUGUACAUUAUGUGAUUGUAAUUAGUCUUUAUACAUUUGUAAUUUUUCAUCACAAAAUGUAAUAAAAAUGCUAAUGUCAGAUAUGUUGCAUAUUGCCCUGCAGCCAAUUCAUGACAAACUUACCUUGGUUGUAUCAUCUCCCCAGAAAUAAUUCUCUUGCUAACUCUUUGAAUUUCACUAGGUUUCUCUUGGUAUAGCAGCCUAUCACCAUCAAAAUAAAGUUUCAGAAAAAUCUAUUUUGUGUCCUCCCUUUUCUAACUGCUACAAUAAAUGAGUAUUCAAUAUUUCAUCCACUUAAAACAGUUCUCCUCCAUAUUUUAGCCACCUAUCGGGGUUUUUUUUAGUAUGAGGAGGUGGAAAAAAGCUAGCUAGUCAUCACCCAGAGAAUAUCAGGGCUGAAUCUAGAUCUUGUCUCAUCUCCAACUCUGGAUCCCCAAUUUGGUGCCCCUCAGUUAUGUUGCCUAUAGCUCCCAUUGUUAUUUCAGCUGGGGAAAAUGAAAUUUGUAGUCCAAUACACAUCAGAAUAUUCUAGGGUCAUGCAUCAAAUUAUAAGGAAGUGUUUAUAAGAAAAUGGGAACUAAUUCAAAAAAUUAAUGUAAUUUGGAUAGCAAACUGACUUUUGAUACACACUGUAUUAUAU